UUGCGCGUUGAGAGUGGAACAAGUAGCGCGAGGUUGUUUAGCGUGAUUGCGCGGGACUUGAAAGAUCGAUCGUUGAUCGAGUGCGAAGGAAGCCAGGAAUUUGAUAAUUGGAUAAGUGAUUUCCAAGGACUUAGCAAUGAGUUCGACGUACAUGCAGUACAACCCAGCGUCCAUGAUGUACGGUGGAGGUUUGGAGUCGUCGUACAAUCAUUACGGGAUGGGGACCGGUGGUCAGUGUUACGGGUACGGAACGGACGGAGCCUCUUCGGAUGGGUAUCAUAGUCCGGGGCCGGUGUUUAGCCCGGAAUCGUACUAUCCUGGAGAAAAUUACGGAUACAACGGACCAAACCCGGCAACCAACGGAGAACCUUACUACAGCUAUACCAGCAACAACUUCAAGACCGCCAGCCCAACGAUUCCAAAGUUGAUCCCGUCUUCAGGAAGUUCAACCGCCAAUUACCACUCAACCCGAUACGGCCAGGAUCAACCAACUCCGCUCAAAGCAACCAACUACGAUCGGAUCAGCUAUAGUCCGUACAGCAUCCCGACAAAACACAGUCCAGACUCCGCCACAACAACCCUUCAACAGCAACCACCGGCAACUUCCCCAACGCCGAGCACCUUCAGCAACGACAGCAGCAUUAGCAGCAAUCCGGAUGGAUCCACGGUUCCCCUCCAACCGGAGGUCGUCAAGAAGCGCCGAUUGGCGGCAAAUGCCCGCGAGCGAAGACGCAUGAACAGCCUGAACGAUGCGUUUGACCGGCUUCGUGACGUGGUUCCUUCGCUGGGUAGCGACCGGAAGCUGUCCAAAUUCGAGACGCUUCAGAUGGCACAGACCUACAUUGCAGCGCUCAACGAGCUGCUGACCAGGAAUUGAUCGAGAUCUUGGUGGCGUAGUAGGCUGUUCGUGAUCGUCGCCAGGUUAACCUUGAUAACUUAGG